UCGAUUUCUACCCAACAACAGUUUCAUUGAAUUAAUCAUUGUUUUGUAUUUGAAACAUAUUUUCAGGGCGGUUCAUCGAUGUGAUUUGAUAUUAUUUCUGAAUGGAAUCUUGUUUUGUAAUUCGACGCAAAUUUCACAACAAAAUAAACUAAACUCUGUGCAAGAUGGCAAGCUCUUUAGUCCUGGCCGGCAUUGGAAUGGCAGCACUUGGCUUCGGAGGCCGGGCACUGCUGCGUCGAUUGCCGAAUGCCGCCAGUAAAAUGCAGGAAGCGCUACAGAGUCUUCCCAAAUUUGACGCUGAAUCAAUGGCCAAUUCCAAGUACUAUCGCGGUGGGUUCGAUCCUAAAAUGAAUAAACGGGAAGCCGCUCUCAUUCUGGGCGUAAGUCCUUCGGCAUCUAAAAUUAAGAUCAAAGACGCACAUAAAAAAAUUAUGCUCUUGAAUCAUCCGGACAGAGGUGGGUCACCAUAUUUAGCAGCCAAAAUCAACGAAGCUAAAGAUUUUCUAGAUAAUGUUAAAUAAGCGUAACUCCAAAUAAGGAAUGUACAUAUAGGUAAAUUUUCUAAAAUUAGAAAUUCCAAUAAACUGAAACAUAGCACUCGAAAA